GAUCGAUCUCCAGAGAUUCAGCUUUUUCAUUGCCUGAGAUUCUUGAAAUGAGCUCCGCCGCCGCUCAUAAUUCGCCGUCCUCCGACUCCGAUUCCGACGGCGGGACCAACUCCUCCGACCGCCACUCCGACCUCUCGUCCACCAUAUUCAAAUCCUACAUCGACCUCACCGGAGGGGGGCAUCAGUAUCAGCAUGAUCUCAUCAAGAUCCAAUCUUUCCUCACUUCCUCCCGCUCCGGCGCCCUCUCGUGCCUCAUCUGCCUCGAGCGCAUUCGGGCGGUGGACCCCACCUGGUCCUGCUCCUCCCGCUGUUUCGCCGUGUUUCAUCUCCUCUGUAUCCAGUCAUGGGGCGUCCAAGCCUCCAACCUCGCCGCCGCGCGAGCGGCGUCGCGCGCCGCCACCACCAACGACAAUUCCCUCCUCUGGCACUGCCCCAAGUGCCGGAUCGAAUACCCCAAGUACCAAAUCCCGAAAACCUACUACUGCUUUUGCGGGAAACUCGAAAACCCGCCCCAUGAUCCCUGGGUUUUACCUCAUUCCUGCGGUGAAAUUUGCGGCAGGCCGUUGAAAUACAAUUGCGGGCACCAUUGUUUAUUACUGUGUCAUCCGGGUCCAUGCCCUUCUUGCCCUAAAUUGGUGAAAGCCAAGUGCUUUUGUGGUGCUGUGGAGGAUAUGAAGCGCUGUGGUUUCAAGAACUUUUCUUGUAACGGCGUUUGCAAGAAGCUGUUGGCUUGUAAGACUCAUAGGUGUAAUGAAACUUGCCAUGAUGGUGAGUGCUCCCCAUGUGAUGCUAAAGCAGUUUAUAAGUGCCAAUGUGGGAAGGUGAAGAUGGAAAGGCAGUGUUUUGAGAGGGAUUUUAGGUGCGAUAAUCCGUGUGAUAAGUUAUUGGGGUGUGGUAGGCAUAAGUGUGAGAGAGGUUGCCAUGAGGGCGAGUGUGGAAAGUGCCCUCUCCAGGGGAAGAGGACGUGUCCUUGUGGGAAGAGAGUUUAUGAAGGGAUGUCUUGUGAUGUUGCUGCACCAGUGUGUGGUGCAACAUGUGAUAAAAUGCUGAGCUGUGGAUUUCAUAGGUGCCCCGAGAGGUGCCAUCGAGGGCCAUGUAUUGAGACUUGUAGGAUUGUUGUUACAAAGGCAUGUAGGUGUGGGAGCUUGAGGAAACAGGUUCCUUGUUAUCAAGAUUUGACAUGUGAAAGGAAGUGUUUGAAAGUUCGGGACUGUGAACGUCAUGCCUGUAAGCGCCGCUGCUGUGAUGGUGACUGCCCGCCUUGUUCUGAGAUGUGUGAUAGGAAGCUACGGUGUAGGAACCACAAGUGCCCUGCUCCAUGUCAUAGAGGGGCUUGUGCUCCAUGCCCAGUGAUGGUGACAAUCUCGUGUUUCUGUGGGGAGACAUACUUUGAGGUUCCUUGCGGCACAGAAUCUGAACAGAAACCUCCUAGAUGCCGCAAAUUAUGUCGUAUGACUACUUUAUGCAGACAUGCAUCAACUUCUAAGCCACACAGAUGCCACUAUGGAGCUUGUCCCUCAUGUCGGUUAAUCUGCAACGAAGAAUACCCUUGUGGUCACAAUUGCAAACUGAGGUGCCAUGGCCCUAUACCUCCCCCUCUUCCAGAAUUUACAUUGAAACCAAAGAAAAAGAAGUCGACUCAUCAAAAUGAACCUUCUCCCGGAACAUCAUGCCCUCCUUGCCCAGAACUUGUUUGGAAGUCUUGUGUGGGCAACCACAUUGGAGCGGAAAGAAUGAUGGUGUGCUCAAAUAGAGCUGAAUUUGCAUGUGAUAAUCUCUGCGGAAAUCUUCUUAAAUGUGGCAAUCACUAUUGCACUAAAGUGUGUCAUGCCAUAAAGUUGAAUCAUUCUUCGGCAUCAGAAGGGCAUGGUAGAGGCGAGCCCUGUGAAAAGUGUACCCUUCGCUGCGAAAAGGAGAGAGACCCGACAUGUCCACAUCCUUGCCCCUUGCCAUGUCACCUUGGAGAUUGCCGUCCUUGCAAAGCACUUAUAAAGCGGUCAUGCCACUGUGGGGCCAUGGUUCAUGCAUUCGAGUGCAUCUCCUACAACAGUUUGUCCCAAAAAGAGCAAGUGUCUGCUCGGUCAUGUCGAGGACCCUGCCACAGAAAAUUGCCCUACUGUACACAUCUUUGCCCGGAAACGUGUCAUCCCGGUGAAUGUCCAUCACCUGACCAAUGCUCCAAAAAGGUUGUUAUUCGCUGUGGAUGCCAAACCUUGAAAAAAGAGAUGCUAUGUAAAGAUGUGCAAGCGAUGUAUCGUCUUAAUGGCUGUGAUCCCAAAGAUAUCUCUAAAAGCCAGUAUGGACUUGGUCUACUUCCUUGUAAUCCCGAUUGCAAGAGCAAAGUGAGGGUUGCUGAAGCGGAGUUACAGCUUCGUAAACCAAAACCCCCAGAGGAAAAGGAGCUAGAUGCCAAAAGCAACACAACAAAACGCAGAAGAAGACGAGACCGCGUGCAGGAAGACAGGAAAACCUCAAGACUAAAGAGCCUUAUAACCGCAAUCUGGAGGGUGCUUCUAUUCGUCGCCAUUACAGUAACGCUGUUAAUAUCAGCCUAUUAUGGCUACAAAGGCUUGAUGUGGUUAUCAGAUCGGAUGAACGAAGCUGAAACGCAACGACAAGGUAGAUAUACACGGCGUAUCUAGUGGAAUUAUUCCCCUCGUUUACUAAAACUUUCGUAAAGUUUAUGAUACGCUUAUCGUACCUAGCUAUAUUUUCUCCCCCUUUUAAGCACCACCACCAUACUCCUUGUCACAAGUUAUGUGUUACCCUUAUCUACUUUGUGGCUUGUAGCUCAACAGUUUUCAUAUAUUUCUUUCUUUAAUUAGUAUUUUUAAUAAUAGAAAUUCAUUUGUUUUGAACACGUAAAAACUGUAUGUAGUACGAGGUAGUUUUAUGGUAUUGUCUGGUCAA